AUGCGCUCCUUCCUAUUUGCCUUGGUUGCAUGCGCGCUCUGCGUCCUUCACGUUCUCUCGAUCCCAGUUCAGAUCGAAGAGCGGUCUUUGAUAGACAAAGAUGCUGUCGAGUUAUCAACCCGAGAGAUUGCCGGCAGCGUCCUCUUCGAGCGGGAACUGACUUAUGCACUCCAAGAUCGCGGAUUAUUCGAUGAUGAGGUACUUGAGCUCCUCGUCCGUGAAUUCAUGGAAGACCUGGUCCUCAGAAAAGAACCGAAGACCCCAGGUCGCCUCGGUCGCAUGUUCAACGGAGCAAAGUCAUGGUGGAACGCGCGGCGAGGGAAAAAGGAGGAGAAGGGACAAGAGGAGAGCCCGUCGACUCGGCCGCCAAUCCUAAGAAUGUCAUCGUUUGGAGAAAGGCUCGUCCGUCCCCGGCCACAAACACCACCUCCGGUGACAAUAUCGGAUCUGAAUAAGCCUCUCCCACCACGACCACUCCCCCCAAGACCGCCGGCACCACCACCCCCUCAAGCUCCCCCACAAACGCCAGCCCAAUCACGACCACAAACACCCUCCGGCGACAAACCUGGCCAACAGCCUCCUCCUGGUCCGCGACCACUCCCGCCGCGCCCGCCGACGCCGCCCCCGCAAACUCCCCCGCAAACUCCCCCAGCCCAAUCACGACCGCAAACGCCCCACAAGGACAGACCUGCCCAACAGCCUUCUGGCCCUCGCCCACAGAACCAGUAA